AUGGCGCCAUCUUUUAUAUCAAUGCUCAUGGGUGCCGAGAAGCGGAGUACACUAGUCGACACAAUAAAUGUCCCACCACAACCUAAUGUGGCGCUUCCAAAUGUCGGACGUACUCACGCCGAGUCUUUAUCGUUUCUUCAUGGCUUUCAACGUCCACCAUUGGGUCAACCACAACUUAAACUUACGACAGUUCAGUGGAACGACAAGCAAAAGGUACACGAGUUUUUUCGACAUACAAGUCGAAAGAAUGAGUCAAAUAGUCAAUUAAUUCCUACAGAUCAUAAGACUAUUGACCUUACAAGACAUAGUCGCGCAUCAUCUGUUACGUCAAUAUCAAGCUCAGAAGAUAAUCAAGACGAUGUUCAGAAUGUUAUACAAACUCAAAGGGUGCUAGACAUUCUCCAAGAAGCUUCAGAAUGUAUUGAAUCGAAGCAAAAUCGAAGACGAUACGAUUCGUUUGAUAUUUUAGCAGACGUACGAGUGAGUGAAGUAGAUGAUUAUGAUUCGAACUUUUCAUUCUCACCACGAUCACGAACAAAUAGUGAAGAUUAUUACGGUCUUGGGUUACUCGAUAUGCUAUCACAGCGACAUAUUCCCGUUGGGUUACAUCAUCAAUCAAGUGUCGCGGAUAUGCUUGGAAAUCAUGAAAUAGAUCCUGAUGAACAAUAUCGCGAACGACCGGCACUUUGUGGCUUAGCGGCACUUUUAGAGACACACACGGUACUUGCAGAUCUGGCAGCACAAUCUUGUGAUGAUAAUGACCAAAGUGACAACAUUGAACACUCUACAACGACAGAAUGCAAUGUCGGUAACAUACCGUGUUCAAUGAGUAUUGUAUCUCCUGAGAAAGAUGAAGAUGAACAGAGCAAAAGUAUUGAUUCGGACUAUGAAAUGCUAUUGAAAGAGUACGAAUUGAAACAUGGGAAGUACGUUCAGAUGCUUAAAGUGGGUUUACCACAACCAGUUGUCGAACAUAAGAUGCGUAUGGAUGGUGUUGAUCCAUUGUGGUUACAUGGACCACCACAACGUCAAAUAGUCAAAGAAAAACAAGUGGAAAUUACCGAUGAAGAACGUGCAGCACAUCGUGAAAAAUAUCACAAAUAUUUUCAAAUGCUUCGAUUGGGAUUACCACGUGGUGCAGUUGAACAAAAGAUGCGAAUGGCGGGUAUUGAUCCUAUUGAAUUAAAUGGUCCACAACAACAACAAUGUCAUGACAAACCAAAACCUGUGUUAAAACGAAAAGAUUCGAUUCGAAAAAAAUUACAUUGGGAAGGAAAAAAACAUCGACCUCGACGAGAUAGUUUAUGGGGUGGAGAUGCAGUUGAAGCGGCGAAAGAAGCAGUUCAGAUUUCAGACGAAAGUCGUGCAAUGCUUGAACAAUUGUUUGUGAAAGAUUUGAGUGCGAGUCCAAAAGAUUCUCGCAAGAUCAAAUCCGAACGAAGUGAAAAGAAGAACAAGGUCUUGACGGCAUUAAUUGAUAUGAAAAAAUCGCAGAAUAUUGCCAUCACAUUGGCUCGUAUUAAAGUCUCUUUUCCUGAACUUCGACGUGAGCUAUUAGCAUUAAAUACAACGAUUUUAUCGCCUUCUCAAGUUCGAUCAUUGAUGGAUAUGUGGCCAGAUCGUAAAGAGAUGGAAAUGCUGGAUAAUUUUCGUGGAGAUGUGACUACUUUAGGUACAGCCGAGCAAUUUCUACUUGAAGUUCAAUCAAUUCCACGUUUUCACGACAAACUUCAUUGUCUUGUGUUUAAACAAGAAUUUCCAUCGCGUGUACAAGAACUUCAAACGUCAUUAUCACUUGUAAUUCAAGGUGUCAAUCAAGUGUGUUCAAGCACAGCAUUACGUCAAGUAUUGAUUUAUAUUUUACAAAUUGGCAAUUUACUUAAUUUUGGUGGUGACGAUGACCAAGGCGUGAAUGCGUUUUCAUUGAAUUCAUUGGUUAAGUUAUCACAGACAAAAGCAUUUGUUGGUGGCAUUACAUUCUUGCAAUAUGUCGUUCAGUCGAUUGAGCGCGAUGUUCCUCAUUUAGCCACGUUUUAUCAAGAUAUUGAUGUCAUUACCAAGUGUAGUAAAGUUCAUUAUGCAUCAUUAAUAUCGGAAAAGAAAGCACUUGAAACGGGAUUAGAAAAGUUAAUGGAAGAAGCACAAGCUUCCAAGUUGGACAAUACAAUGGACGAGUUUCAAGCGACUCUAUCGUCAUUUUGUAAUGAUGUGAAGAUUCAAUUGGCAACACUUCAGUGUCAAUUUCAAGAGCUACAAGCUGUCAAAGCUCAUUUUUUAACUUAUUUUGAAGAAGAAGAAACGGAGGAAGAACUCGAUGUUUUAUUGUCGUAUAUUGCGAAUUUUACACAUGAAUAUUGUCGAGAACAUCGCACAUUUCAAGCACAGAUCAAGACAAAACGAUGUCGAGAUGAAAACGGGAAAGAAUCAAGUUCAAAGGCAUAA